AUGAUGAAGGUAUAUGUUUGUGUUGUCGUGGUUCUAGCCAUGGUUCAAUUGAUGGUUCAACCAAGCCAAGCCUUUACCUGCACCGAUAUUGAUAAGUCUCUUGUGCAGUGCAUGCCAUACUUGGUUGGCAGUGCACCUCAGCCGGUUACAGCAUGUUGUGAUGGAGUUAAGCAAAUCAAAGGGAUGGCAACCACCACCGACGAAAAGCGCCAAGCUUGCAACUGUGUUAAAGAUGCAGCUAAUAAGUACCAGAACAUAAAGGAAGAUGCAGCCAGUGGACUCCCUACCAAAUGCGGUGUUCCUCUCUCUUACCCUAUCUCCAAGAACAUUGAUUGCAACACGUAA